CCAACGGCCGGGCACUAAGCUAGUAACAUGGUAUGCCUGAGGUUGUGCAAACUUCAAGCCCAUGAAUUAGCUUUCGUUUGAGGAGACGUGUAAAUAAGUAGUUAAGUAUCAUGCAUGAAUCUGUCCCAACUCCCUAACAAUUCGAAUCGUCUAGAUCCUUACGAUUCCAUUAGCUUGGAGUUGGAGAGAGGCUUAUACUUGAUGGUGGCACCAAAUACUUUGGUCCUUUGUUCACGUCAAAACAUGUCCAAAACGAUUCAAACCAAAUCGUAGCCUUGCAAGGUCACUGCGAUGACAUGCUCGCCAGCUCGUGUACAAAGAAGAAACACAAGAACUAAGACUAGGAUACUAAAUGAUCGUAUAAUAGACUGUAGUAUACUGAACAUGGUUUGGUACACGAUUGUAUUCUAGGUUCGGGUUCCAUAGCUUGGACAUUUGUAAACAACCAAUUUUGUAUUAAAUAUUUAGGGCGUGAAUUAUUAACUCCCUUUUGUAAUAGCAACACAUUCUUUACGAUGUGGUUAUGAGAUAUAUAUCUUGCCAUUUAUAGUUGUAUACUACUAUACUACCACACUAUAUAUGGUAUGUUUCCACACCGUCAUGAUAUAAUUUUUUGUACACUAUAAUAUGUUGACAAAAAAUUCUUUAUCAAAUCAUUUUUUAAAAUAAAAAGUAAUUUAUUUUUUAUAUGAAACAAAAAAAUUGAAAUCCAAAUUAAAAUGAAUGAAACAUAAUAGGAGAAUAGUUAUGCAAAGGUUAGUAAGCACCAAGUUUGCUCUAAGAGAAAACAUAUAUAUCUAUGACCAUUUACUUAUUGAAUUAAUAGUUGUAAGACGCUACGAUUUGGUAUUUAACCCACGCUUUUAUUGUCAACUUGUAUGAUGACUCACAAUUGGGGUGUGCCGAGUGUUGGAAGAGCUAUGCUAGAAGAGGUCAGAUGACUUGCUCGGCAAGUCGACUUCUGUUUUUCGUUUUGGCCUCCUUGGAGUUUUAACAGAGCUGCCCAUCUUGUGGCUAAAGAGGCUCUUUCAUUGGUAGUUCGACUAUUGGUCGAUUGCCUCCCGUGAUUGUUUUUAUGUUUUCUAACUAUGUGAUUGAAUGAUUAUUCGUUCGUCUAUGUUAAAAAAAAAGAACGAAAACUCGUCAACGAAAAACGGGAAGGAAAGGAUCAACAGGAAAUCAAUGGGAAAUUGAAACCAAUGAUAAACAAAAUCUAAAAAUAAGAUUUACUUUAAUUAAAUUUCAACAAAUACUUAAAUUGGAUUCGGUUAGUGUUUCCUUUGAGGCUUUGAAAAUGAUUCUACCACAAUAUGACCAAUUAUUUCCACGAGGUUUCAACUGUGAAAAGAGAAAACAAAUGGUAGCCCACCAAACUCUCUCCGCCUUCUAAAUUAGGCCACUCUUGUUGCUUAAUUAAUAUCCACAUGGAAAAUUUAAAUUGUUUUUCAUAUCUUGUGCUUGAUCUAUUAUUAUUCCUAUUUAACCCUUAUUUUUUGUGGAUAUGGUUGUGGUGCUAUCUUAAACUUUUAUCAUCUUGCAUGCACCCCCAGAAACAUAUCCCCUUUCUCAUGUCAUCUUUCUGGGUACCUCCAGGAUUACUUUGAUAUUCCCAGAUUUUUCCCCUUUUCUUUUAAGCUUUAAUUCAUUCGUUCAUUCAUGAGAUUUAUAAAAUUAAAUUAAAAAUUUAAAAAGUCAUUAAAAGAAAAAAUUGAGGAAGAGGUGGAGUUUUUGUAAAAAAGGAGAAAUAAAAAGAAAAUAAUAUAGGCAAGUUGUGGUGAAAGAGAUAAAAUUAUGGUGAAAUAUGUGUUCAUCCUGUUCUUCUCUUUCGCGACAAUAGUUCCGUGUUUGCUUGCAAAUAUUGCAUAUUAUGAUGACGUGUGGCAAAAGAGGGCGGAGGAGGCUAAGAAGAACACCUUGGAGGCUUACGUUCCGAAUCCACUAGAAACGGAUGAAGAUGCAGACUCUCAAUCUGUGCAUAUUGGCUCCCCUCCACCUACAUCAAUGGGUCCGUCAUCGAGUACGGGUGUUGUAGUGAUCAAAGGUGGCGACAAUAAUAAUAAUAGCAGCACCGACCAAACCGUCCCUGAAAGUGAAGUAGAGAAUAGCGGCGGUGGAAAUAGCAACACUACGAGGAGAGGUUUGAGGCAAGGCAAGACCAUGUACAGAGGGCCAUGCGAGAAGACCAAUCCCAUCGACAAAUGUUGGAGGUGCAGGAAGAACUGGUCAACCGACCGACGUCGUCUGGCCAAAUGUGCACUUGGGUUUGGUCGCAAAACCACCGGAGGGGCAGAUGGGAGGCUCUACGUCGUCACCGAUAACAGUGACGACGACUUCCUGAACCCUAGGCCGGGGACUUUGCGCUAUGCAGUGAUUCAAAGGGAACCAUUGUGGAUCAUAUUCGCGCAUGAUAUGAACAUCAAGCUGAACAAAGAGCUUAUCAUGGCGGGAAACAAGACCAUCGAUGGCCGUGGAGCAAACAUCCACAUCGCUUAUGGUGCAGGCAUUACGAUACAAUUUGUUAGUAAUGUCAUCAUCCAUGGGAUUCACGUCCAUCACGUUGUGCCCACGAGCGGGGGCUUGAUCAGGGAUUCGGUCGAUCAUUUUGGGUUUAGAACUCAAAGCGACGGCGACGGGAUCUCGAUUUUUGGGUCCACUAACGUUUGGAUCGAUCAUGUCUCGAUGUCGAAUUGUACAGAUGGUUUGAUUGAUGCAAUUCAAGGAUCUACCGCCGUCACCCUCUCCAACUGUCAUUUCACCCACCACAAUGAUGCGAUCUUGUUGGGGGCAAGUGAUAGCUUUUCAGGAGAUCAAUUCAUGCAGAUCACAGUUGCAUACAAUCAUUUUGGACAAGGGCUGGUGCAGAGAAUGCCAAGGUGCAGAUGGGGUUUCUUCCAUGUGGUCAACAAUGAUUACACCCAUUGGCGUUUAUAUGCUAUUGGAGGUAGCCAACAUCCCACCAUUAUCAGCCAGGGCAAUCGCUUCAUCGCCCCGCCCGAGAAGGAGCUGAAGCAGGUGACCAAGAGAGACUAUGCAGCAGAAUCUGAAUGGAGGAAUUGGAUAUGGAGAUCAGAGGGUGACUUGUUCAUGAAUGGAGCAUACUUCAUUGAAUCAGGGAAUCCAAGUUUGAAGCCAAGACCAGCUAAGAAGUUCAUGCUCAAGCCAAAACCAGCAGUGUUAGCGACGAGGAUGACGAGAUAUGCUGGAGCACUUGAGUGCAAAGCUAGGCAACCGUGUUAGGCAAGUUGAAGCAAUCAAAACAAGAGAAAGAAGCCUUUAAAAGAAGGAUGUGAUGGAUACAUGAUUUGUACAUUAAGAAAAUACUCUAUUUGUGAUUGGUGACGAGGAGGCUCCAAAGGCCAGAUUCUUUUUUUUAUUUAUUUCGUUGUUGUUUAUUUUCGUGUUGUAUUCGAAAUUCAUUUUUCUAUAUAUCUUGUUGUGAUUUUGCCGUUGUUGGAAGUGGGUUGAUACAAUCAUACAAAUUAUAGGAAAACAAUGAAAAGGUAUACAUGUUAUUUUAUGUUCUAGAAUCAAACAAUCCUUUUUGUUUCCCAAGAAUGAUGAAUAAUAUUUCAUAUGAUCGUCAUUUUAAUACCAAAGCCAUUUAUGAAGUGCUCUUAUUAAAACUAGCUAGCAUGUGUUCUUAUCGUACUCAAUUCUUUCGUUCAAUAUCAAGUCGUACUCAAUUCUUUCAUGUUCCAAAUUUGAUCAGGCACAAAUCAAACUCGAUUCGUCCAUUCAAUCGGAAAUUUAGGAAAACACUAUCUUGCCAUGAAUAACACUCAUUUUAUUAUCUCUAGUUGGCCUGUUUAAAUCUCUUCAUAUCCAAAAUGAUCAUUAAAAAAAUCAAGUUGACAACUGAAUUCACGUAUCAAAUUAUGUUUAAUGAUAAAUAUUUUAGAGCCCAGAGUGAUCCUAUCUCUCAAGUUAGCAAAUUUUUUCUCAAAUGAAUGUUUUUGCAAUCCCUGCUAUUUUUUUAUUCACGUCGAAAAUAUUUAUGAACAUUAAAUUACUAUUAAAAAUAUAUUAUUUAAUUGACAAUUUCCUGUUGUAAGAGUAUAAAAUAUUUAAAUUUAUUAAUUAUUUAUUUUUAAUUGUCAUAUCACCACUUUAAGUCUAAAAAUAACUAUUGACCGCCACAUAUGACACAUUUAAUGGAACUAGACGAGAGUGACCACAGAUGAUAUAAGUGUGUAGUUUUGAUGGCAAAUUUGAAGAAUUUUUUUUUCGAGUGAGAAAUGUGAAACAAACUUGUAAUAUGAGUGACCAAACUUGCAAUUCAUCCUAUCAUAAGAUCAUGUAACAACAUCCAAAUGUGAAUUUUCAAAUCUGUUCAUCCAAAAAUAAAUUUAAAUAUAUGUAAAUAUCUAGCUUACCAAAAUCAGUUCGGUCUGACAUGUAAGUACCUGUACUUGAUUGCUUUUACUGAAUACAUAUUAGAGUUUAUUGUGAACCCGACGCUUUAAUAAUUUAAUACUAAAAUUGAAAUCUAUUUGUCUUAAAACUUGAAUAUUUUUUGUUAACGAUCUGCUUAGCUUUUUAAAAUAGUUCGGCUUGUAAACUCGAAUCACAGAAUAAAAAAUAUAUGCUACUAUAUUGUUAUAUUCAUAUUUAGAAAUUAGAUAUUUUUAGAAAAAUAAGAGACACUUUCAUCAACAAAAGAGGGUACAUCCAUCAACAAAAGGAAGAGAGAAAGAGACAAAUUUUACAAACACUUGCCAAGAAAACCAAGAGACACUUUCCUUAACACCAAAGCUUGCCUCAACAUUCCCAACCAAUAUUAGGUGAUAUGAUCAUGUUAGUGACUCAUCAUUUACACACUUAGCAGAUUGGUAAAUUACUCAUGAUUAGGACAUUCUAAUGUUUUAUGCCAUAUAGUCAAAUAUGUACAUAUAUCAAAUAAUUUUAGAAAAAUGGAAAAUCAAUGAAAAAAAAUUGACCAAGUCAAUAAUAUCCAUUUUAUUGGGAAAAAAGCCCCUACGUAAUCAAGCAAAAUACAAAUUUAGUUGUCAAUUUGACUUAAUCAACAAACUUAAUUGAG